AUGGAUUACAAUGCGGGUUAUAGGUUGAGGCUGUUUUCAGGUCGGUCGUGGAUAAAGGUUCAGUCAACUUUAUUGGCUGACGAAAUCGGGAAGGAGGAAUCUGAGGUCGUUUGCAUAGCCAAGGGUGAAACCUGCGGCCUUGGUGUAAGCAUAAAGGGUGGAAGGGAAUUCGGAACACCAGUAAUCAUAAGCAAAGUUUUCAAGGGCAUGGCUGCAGACCAAAGUAAGCAGCUCAAGGUGGGCGACGUUAUUCUUUCCGUCAACGGUGAAAACAUGCGCAUGGCGUCCCACAAUGAGGCAGUUAAAGCCUUGAAAAAAGCAGGUCCCAAUAUUUGUUUGGAAAUAAGGCCGUUGCGACGAAUUGCGUCAUUUGUUUCCAAGUUACGACUUCAGUCAAAAUGUUUGCCUUCGCCGCCUGGUUUCACUUUUCCUACCACAACAAUGACGAGUAUUUCGACAGCUUCUGGCCCUUCGCAAAAACGCAUCCAAAUUCCCCUCAGUCUCGCCUACGUUGCGCGCAGGCGACAUCGGCCAGGCUCCGGAGAGGAAUGCGCAAUUGAUGAUGAAGCGCCCUGCUGCUGUAUCGAAAUCUUUUCACCCGACCUUACUCAGUCCUGUCUCUUCUGUGCCGGUUCGCAUCAACUCGCCAGCGUUUGGUUCAAAUCGCUCAGUCGGCACAUCUCUAUUCUCAAUCAGCUUCACCUUCAGCAGAUUAUGCGAGUUCUUCCUCACUUUCAGUUUCGAAAAAUUGGAUGGGUCCUCGAACUGGACAAAUUGAUCGACGACGACAGCGAUUCCUGCCUGACAGAUCUCGACAAUCCCUUCCAGAUCCCCUCUACUUGCGCUUCCUCCGAAAUAACUUGGCAACCAGUGUUUCUGGUUGUCACGGAUCGUCUUCUAUUGGUAUUUUCUCAAGCACCACAGUCUCCAAGUGAAUGGUCUCUUCCCUCGGUCUCGGUCGCCCUCAUCGCCACUCGUGUUGUUGUCGAACCUUCGUUAUCUACUAACAAAGAAAGUCCCGCCUCACUGGGUCACAUGCCACAUUUUGAGCAAACAUCACUUUGUUUCACCGUCCGCACGGGCAGGCGGUGUGGCGUGGAGUCGCACACAUUUGCCGCACCGACGAGCAGUGAAUUGAAGAGUUGGUUAGAGGCCGUGACACAGAGCACAGAGGAGGCGCUGGACGCGAUGCCGCAACUGACCAUCACAUGUCGGUGGAGAGGUCUCGAUGCACUUCUAGUGCUCCACCGUUUCGUUGGCAUCUACCUUUUUCGUGCCGUCGCCUUAACAACCGCACAAAUUCCUCAAUUUCUUUGGUACUUUCCUUUCGAGCAUGUCUCCUCCACUGCUGAUGACGGAAAGUGUCGAUUGUGGAUCACCUUUAAUCGGGACUUAGUCCAGGAGUUGGAAUUGCCAGGAGGUGCGAAACCCGUUGUUUUCGUCCUGCUCAAUAUUCUUUCAAUGAAGUUGCUGGAUAUAAACAAUUUUGGAUGA